GAUUGUGGAGUGGUGUGAUGCGAGAUCUCGGCUUGGAAUCAGUCAAACAAAUCCCAGUUCGCCGGCAAGAUGUGGUUCUCUUCGACUAUUUUCAUUGUCCUAGGAGCAAUAACUUUGGUCCAGGCUAACAUGCAGUUUCACUUCUCACUGGAUUUCCAUGUGAAGCAGCCACCCAACUCGACCGACACCAUCGACAAGACCAUUUUUGUGGAGAACAAUCAAAUAUCGAUGGUGGACAACGAAGAAACGACAACCAGGGCUCCGAUGGGCCAGUGGACGGAUCAGGAUCAGUAUAAUCAGGCCACCCUGCAGAAGGUGAUGGAUACACGGAUAUCGGUGCAGCAGCUGAACACGGAGCUAUCACCCUUGGCGGGCAGGAGUACCGAUCUGGCCAGGAGAAUCAAACAGAGUCUGCGUUAUGUCAACGAUGUGGAUGCCGCCCUGGAUGAUCUGACCAACUUUGGGCAGCUGGUGGAGCUGCUCAGGAAGUUCGUCACCCUGGUGGAUGGCCUAAGAGAUCCCAACAAUCUGGGAGGAAUCCGCAGCCUGGAGUACGUACUCCUGAAGCUAGCCCUGGAGAAAUACGAUCUUCUUAAGAAGCGACAGGAGGUCGGAGAAUAUUUGGAUCGGGCGGAGAGUGCCUGGCGGAGGUACCAAAACACUCAGGUGGUUCUGCUCGAUAACUCCACCUGAUCCCAGCCCAUUUGCUUAGGGGUCUUAGUCUUACAGACCUUGCUAGGAAUAUAUGUACAUAGUUUUAGGAUAGGGCAGGACAAAGACCAGCAUCAUCGGACGAGACAAUCGCUGCACCAUGAUCUAGGAUGGCACGGCCCUUCAAAAGGAAUGAAAGCCAUUGAAGGGACUUCCUGUCUAUUAUUCGGGUUCACUGCAAUGCCCAGAAUUGCUACAGGUACGCCAGGGGAGAUGGAUCUAGGGGUAGCAGAUCUAAAUCUCCUUCGGUGCCCGGUUUCGUUAAGGCUGGAAAAUACGUUACACACGCUGGGAAUGCCUAAAUACACUGAGGAAAAAAUUAGGGGUGCAAAUCAUUACCAUUCGUAAAUAAAAAGUAUUUUAUUAAAUCCAAUUGAUUCUUAGGGGAAAACCAUUAUAAUUUGUAUAUCUAUUAAACUGAACUCAAGUCCA